AUGUCAUUUUUUGUCGAAUUAUGGAACAGUGUUUUCACUCCAGGUACUUCACCACAAUUAAUCAUUGCGACAAACUUGUCAUUUUUGGCAUUGAUCAUAACUUUAAUAUGGUUAAUUGUACAAACUAACGGUAACAUACAUUUCAUUAUCCUUCUUUCAAUUGCCACAAUACUAUGGAUCACUGUCAUUUGGUUCAUCAAUGAAUUGAAGAGCGUAAAGUUGAUGACAAAUGAAGAACUAGGCACCGAAGAGACAAAAAACAAAGAUGUAAAUACAGAGACACAAGCUAAAAAGGCAUCUGGUGUCUCUAAGAGUUCUACUAAAAAAAUAUCUUCAAGAAAGGUGUGA